AUGGCCAUCACCAGAAUGAAACUCCGAAACCGCACUAGCCCAUCCACAUUUUGGAUCUUGUUCCUCCAUGUCAUACUUGUCCACUCACUGAGCUUAUUGCAGCCUAAACGUGUCAUUGCAAGUACACUAGGAAACGACACUGAUAGGAUUGCUUUGCUCAAAUUCAAAGAAUCGAUCUCCAACAAGCCGCAUGGAAUGCUGAACAUGUGGAAUGACUCUGUUCACUUCUGUAGCUGGCCUGGAAUCGCUUGCGGCCGCCACCAUCAGAGGAUAAUAGCCCUGAACUUUAGCGGCUACAACUUGCAUGGAACCAUAUCACCGUACGUUGGGAACCUCUCUUUCCUGAGGUCCCUUGACCUCACAGAUAACAGCUUCUUGGGCGAUAUUCCACAGGAAGUUGGUCGUUUGUUCCUACUUACUGGGUUGAUUCCUCAAGAGCUUGGGUCUUUGGUGAAGCUUAGUGUUCUUAGUGUAGAAUUUAACAAUCUUACGGGGGGUAUCCCACCUUCCUUGGGAAACAUUUCAUCACUUAAAAUGUUUUCUGUAGCUGGUAACAAUCUCUUUGGAAGAGUUCCUGAUGAGUUAGGGAGAUGGAAAAGCUUAACUCAUUUCGCAAUAGGGCCUAAUAAUUUCUCGGGUACAAUCCCUCUCCCCAUUUACAAUAUAUCCUCCAUGGUCAGCUUUUCAAUCACCAUUAACCAAUUAAAAGGCUGUCUUCCUACCACAAUUGGCCUUACACUCCCUAAUCUCCAAGAGUUUCGUGUGGGUGGUAACAAGCUCUCUGGAAUAAUCCCUCAAUCAUUUUCUAAUUCUUCCCAGCUUCAAUUGCUUGAAAUAUCUGGAAAUAAUUUUUUUGGCCAAGUUCCGACAAGUUUAGGGGGUCUCCGAGAACUCUGGUGGCUUGGUUUAAGUGGUAAUAGUCUAAGAAGUUAUAACUUGGAUUUUAUUGAAUCUUUAACGAACUGCAGCCAGAUGGAGAUGUUGGACUUAGCUGGGAACAAUUUAAGAGGUGUCUUACCAAAUUCUAUAGCCAAUUUCUCUGCCCUCAAUUAUCUUUAUCUUGGAGGCAAUCAGAUAUCCGGUAAUAUUUCUUCAGGCUUAGAAAAUCUGGCCAAUUUAAUCUAUUUAGGCCUUCAGUUGAAUCUUUUCAACGGUGUCAUUCCUACUUCUAUAGGGAAGCUAAAAAAUUUGCAAGCAUUGUAUUUGCGUGGGAACAUACUAUCAGGAAGAAUCCCUUCAUCCCUAGGAAACCUUACUCAAUUGUCUAAACUUCAUCUAUCAGAUAACAACCUAGAGGGAAGUAUUCCAACAAAAAUUGUAAAUUGUCAUAAUUUGCAAAUGCUUGACAUUUCAAAUAAUAGUCUGAGCGGAGAAAUACCCAAAGAAAAUUUUCUUCUUUCCUCCUUAUCCAUUUAUCUCGACUUAUCACGGAACUUCUUCACGGGUGACCUACCUAUACAAGUGGGUCAGCUAAUGAACAUCAAUGCAAUUGACCUUUCUGAAAACAAUUUGACCGGUAAAAUUCCAGAAACCAUUGCUCAGUGUCAGAUUCUAGAGUCCCUUUACCUACAAGGGAAUUUCUUUCGGGAAUCCUUGCCAUCUGCUUUGGCCUCAUUGAAAGGUGUUAGGUACAUGGAUUUUUCACGUAAUAACUUGACAGGACAAAUUCCAAAAGAUCUACAGAAUCUUCAAUCCCUAUUGUACUUGAAUCUUUCUUUUAACAAUCUAGAGGGAGAAGUGCCAACUGAAGGUGUAUUUGAGAACACAAGUGCCGUGUCUUUAGUCGGAAAUACUAAGCUUUGUGGAGGUGUACCAGAGUUGCAUCUUCAAGAAUGCCCCAGAAAGAAGUCUGAAAAAGGGAAAGGAAUGGCCUCAAACUAA